AUGGCAACGGCAAUAAACACCACAAGCGCCAGUAGGCAUGGUCUGAGUCUGUGCCAGGGUGCUAGGGUGAUCUCUGUGAGAACGUUCUGCCAUUCCCAGGGGUGUUUCCGAACAACAAAAUGUCGGCCAACGUUGACGGGAUGGGGUUUGACCACAAAACGAGGUCCCAUUCGGCUUGGCCUGAUGUGCCGGUGUGACUGGCCAGCAGUGAGUGGUCACAGAACGGCGGUGGCAGGGGGCCUGAAGAAGUCCCCGGAGCUAUUAAAGAUCGAAGGCCAUGCAGCCAUCACAUCCUUGUCCACACCCACCCUCGGCGCCUUGCGACCAGCGGUUCCCGCCAGGGAAGGCCCCUUGGUGGGCAAUGCCACGUACACACAAGAGAUGACCUCUGCGGGCAGACAGACGAGAGAGUUGGUGGAGGGAGAGUGA